AUGAAUUUGCAUGUGAUUGCUGAUACACUUAGUAUCAUUACAAUAACUAUUUGUUUUAUACUCAAGGUUCCUCAAAUUUUAAAUUUAUUAGCUGUCAAAUCAGCUAAAGGAAUGUCUAUUUUAGGAUUAAUGUUAGAACUUACUAGUUACACAGUAACGACUUGUUACAAUUACACUAAUGGAUACUCAUUAUUAUCUUACCUAGAAUAUCCAAUUAUUUUAAUUCAAGAAUACAUACUCAUAUAUUUAGUAUUAAAAUAUCUGAAAAUGAUAAAUAAAUUAACGAUAGCCAUUGCUUCAUGCUACUUCGUCGUUGGUACCUGUAUUUUAGUGGGAGUUAUCCCAAAAGUUAUUCUUACAUUUUUAACACCAAUGGGUACUCCAAUAUCCGCGUCCAGUAAAAUAGUCCAACUGCUAGCAAUUGUGAGAUCGAAAAACUCCGAGUCUGUCUCCAUACUAACGUGGUUUAUAUCGGCCUUCACCAACAUGACGAGGAUAUUUACCAUCUGGGUCGACUCUGCAGAUGCAUUAUUGCUAGGAAACUUUAUAAUUUCAACAGUAUUAAGUUUGAGUGUAAUGCUUUCGGCUGUUUAUUACAAGCCUUCAAAAAAAAGAAUUUAAGUUAG